CAUGAACAUGCCCAGAGAUUACAGCCAGUUAUCUGUAAGUAUGUCUGUUGCUCGUAUUUUGAACAUGACCCCCGUGGUAACAUGCCUGACAUGAGCACAUGAUCGCUUUCAGUCAUCUUACAUUUUAAAAUGACUUUAAAGCAUUUGGAAACGGUUAGGGAUCAACUGAGUAAAGAGUGUCAUGGAAAAGCUAGAAGAAAGCAAAUAUUCAUUGAGCAGAAGAAAAGGAGGGUCUGCACAGAAUGGAGAAAAGCGCAUUCUCGUUUGGCGGCACGGAGCAGAAGGAGGAAGGAGAGUCAGCUGUUCAAGGAAUUAACUGCUCUUCUGCCUCUGGACACGAGUAUGGAUGGCCAGCGCGACAAAGCAUCAGUCAUUCGUCUCACAAUCGCUUACCUGCACCUGAGGGAUCUUAUGAACACCACAGACUCCUGUGCACUGCCAGUGAUGACACAGUCCUCUUCUCCUUCGCCAGGAGUAUCAGAUGAGUCUCAUGAGAGGGAGUUGCUAGAUUCUGCUCUUGGAGGGUUUGUGGUUUUGUUGUCUUUGAAUGGCAAAGUCAUCUUCACCACUAAGGGCGUAACCACACACACUGGAAUUAACCAGAUGGAUUUGAUCGGGAGGAGUUUGUUUGAGUUCUUGCAUCCUUGUGAUCAGAUGGAGGUCAAAGACAUUCUCACGAGACUGAUCGGAAAGCGAGGACAGCAAGAAUGUGAAGUGUUCCUCAGAAUAAAAAACGUGAUGAACCAAAAGCUGACGCCUUGGAAAAUUAUUCAGUGUACUGGAAAGAAAAGGUCAUCUGCCACACCUGGAUCCAGUUGCCUAGUUCUUCAGUGCAGGGUCCUGCCCAUGCGGGAGAUCACUGAACUGAAUGCAGCGCUGAAUAGAAGUACCUUUAUGAGUGUACACAGUCCAGACAUGAAGUUCACCUACUGCCACUCAAGGGUUGUGAAGUUGACCGGCUUUUGUGACACAGAGCUGAUGGGCCAGUCCGUGUACCAGUACUAUCAUCCUUCUGACAGCCAGCGAAUGCGCAAGGCACACGUUCACUUGCUUUCCAAGGGUCAGGUGUCGACAGGUAAAUAUCGGCUGCUGCACGGACAUGGUGGCUAUGUGUGGGCAGAGACAGACGCAUCAUUGGUGUGCAACAGUCGUACCGGUGUACCAGAGAGUGUCGUCUGCAUCAAUUACAUUCUUAGUGGAGUGGAGCAGCCCAAUUUGACAUAUUUGCUGAAGCAGUCAGAACAACUUCUUAAACCACGUCUACAAUCCCAGCCUGCCUCUUUUCCCCUGACUGCAGCCCAGCAGGACAAAAGCAGCCUGAGAACCAAAUCAAAUGGGCACGAUAGUCCUACAACACCUCGGAACCAAAGAGAGGGUGACAUACAGGAAGGUCAGGACUGUACGGAGACCACACAUAACACAGAAGAGUGCUGCAAAUUCACUUGUGUGAGUACCCUUCCAAUAUUUACUGUGGAUCUGUGCGAGUUAGACUUGGACAGUCUGGCUCCAUACAUUCCGAUGCACGGAGAGGACUUCCUGCUAACUCCCAUAUUAGAGGAGACAGAGGACAGAGCAGAACUAAACAUGUGUGGACCAUCAUUCAAUAGUCCACAUCAAAAACUGGACCCUCAGUUGCAAAAUUCAAAUGGAACAGUCUUUCUGCCUGAAAAGAGCCUUACACAUCCCCAACAAAGUGUCAGGCAUUAUUUUCUUACAAACAGGAUCAGCGAUACUAACCUGAUGUCAUCACAGCAUUGGAAUGAGAGGCAAGAUCUUGUGAACAGGAUUUCGAAGGUUUAUAAUUAUAAACAGCAUAAUUAUCAGUUCUUCUCUGCUGAAAGUGAGACAUAUCACAGGAGCAAGGAUGUGCUGAAAGUUUUACAACAUCCCAAAAGAACACGCUGGAGUUUCGAUGGAUCAACACCGAGGUCAUGUGGCAGCGACCCAAAUACACUUGGAAUCAAGUUCCGAUCACUUCCAGAGAAUCCUAAUUAUCAUCCUCAGGACAGAAGACAGCGUGCUGAUGUAAAAGCGCCCGCAGCACCUUUGACUCUGCCUGUGUUGAGCGGGUGGGAGUGUGAGGUCAACGCACCUCUUGACCCCACAUCAUAUUUGCUCCAAGGGACAGAAAUUAUAGCUGUUCUGGACCAAGUGGCCUCAAGACUGCCUUGGUGCUGAUAUAAAACUAAAUACAACACUAACAAUGUGCAUUUGAAUACAAUUUCUUACUUACAUACACAAUGCAUCUUCAUAAGAACAACACCUGCAAGCAUUGCCUUAAAGAGUUCAUUACUGAAACCUGUGUGAGCGCGGGGAAGUUUUUUUUAUUUAUUUAUUUAAUAUUGGGCUUUGCACUCAAACCUCUCAUUCACUUCUGAGGUUGCAGUGUUAAGGCCUAUUCUAUUCACACCAAUUUCGACAAUCUAUAGUCAUAAUUAUUCUAUAAUCCGUUGUAACGAUAAUGACAUAGAGAAACAAUAUCACUGGAAUCACUUUCAGAAAUUUGUAUUUUUUUAGCUGAAGUCAGUAAAAAGCUUGAGGAUUUAAAGCAGCGUAGAACAAGACUGCACACACACUUACAUUAAAUAGAGCAUCAGAAUCUUCUGGUGUGAAUGCUAAUAUUAUAGUUAGAAUUCUUGGUGUGUACAGGACUUUAGUAGCAAGUAUGAAGUUGCAUUUGCUACAAUUAAUGUGUAGUAUUUUUAACUCUGAUGAAUUAAGAAUUUUUUGCACGCACAAAUGUGUUUCAAUUCACUAUUUUUCAUAUCUUAAUUAUAUUUUGUGCAUUUUUAUUUUUAAUAACAUUAUAGUGUGUUUCGCACUCUUUGGUGUUCCCUUCAAAUAUUGUUUCCAUUUUAUGAAUUGGAAUAUGAAUAUACCUACUAACAGUGCAUAGUAGUUUCAGGCUAAUUUAAUAAAGUUUUGCACAUUGAGAAAUAAAUUGUAUCCAUCUGAA